GCAAGGGUGAUAACUAAUCAGUAAUCGAAAAAAAUGCAAAGUGUUUGAACUUCCUCUUGGAAGAGGGCGCUGCCAUACUUUCAUUGCGAAUUGACUUCCUGCUAUCGUGAAAGGAGUGUAGGUUGGUGCUUUAAUCAACGUUGCUAUUUCAAGCUGAAGGUGGGAUGCAGCAAAUGCUGCAUUGCUGCAGCCUGUCUGCCAUUUAGUCAGUACACCAACCUGAUCAGUUUGGCACUGCUCUGUUAAGAUGCCAAUGGAGCAAGUGCAGGAUGAACCAUGGCAUCAAGGUACAGAAGUAGUGGCACUUUACAACUUCCCUGGUCGUUCGCCAGAGGAUUUAGCUUUCCAGAAGGGAGACCUUCUUAUCAUUCAGCAUGGUACAAGGGACAAAAAUUGGUACAAAGCUAGUGAUGCACAAGGGAGGCAAGGGAUGAUACCAGCAAAUUAUGUUCAGCCACGCAAAGUUGUCACUCUCCAUGCAAUGCCAUGGUAUCAUGGCCGCAUAUCUCGGGAGGAAGCAGAGGCACUGUUGCGGUACUGUGAGGAUGGAGUCUUUUUAGUGCGUGACAGCAUUCACUUCCAGGGAGACUGCACUCUCUCUGUGGCCUGUCAGGGCCGCAUCGAUCAUUAUCGCAUCUUGACGCAGGGUGGCCGGCUUGAAGUGGAUGGUGGAGACUGUAGCUUUUCCUCACUUAGUGACCUGGUGCAGCACUAUCUUAAGGAUGCAGAUGGACUGUGCACACAACUGACAAGGCCUGUCACCAAACAAGGAGGCAGUUUUGGUACUGUGAGUCUUGAUGAGUUCAAGAAUGGAGGAUGGGUCAUCAACCAACCAGAUGUACAGGUCGGAGAAAUCAUCGGCAAAGGAGCCUUUGGUGAUGUUUACAAGGGAGAAUACAAGGGCCAGCCUGUUGCUAUUAAGCAGUUGAAAGAUAAAGACAGAGGAGAACAGUCCUUCUUACAGGAAGCAUCAGUCAUGACCACAUUACGGCAUGAUAACCUUGUGCGAUUGAUUGGUGUGGUGUUGGGUGAAAAUAUUUUCCUUGUCACCGAGUUUAUGGGAAAAGGCAACUUGGUGGAGUACUUGCGUUCUCGUGGUCGCAGUGUCAUCACAAAGAAGGAUCAAAUCAACUUUGCCACUGAUACUUGUGCGGCUAUGGAGUAUCUAGAGAGCAAAAACCUGGUUCACAGAGAUUUGGCUGCGAGAAAUGUGCUGAUAAAUGACAACGGGAUGGCCAAGGUUUCAGAUUUUGGUCUUGCAAAGUUUGGCGAUUUCAGUCAAAGUGGGCAGAAGUUUCCCAUCAAGUGGACAGCCCCAGAAGCUCUACGAGAAAAUAAUUUCACAACCAAAUCUGAUAUGUGGAGCUUUGGAAUUCUGUUGUGGGAGAUAUAUGCUUUUGGUCGUGUGCCGUACCCUAGAAUUCCUCUACAAGAUGUUGUGGUCCAUGUGGAAAGGGGAUACAGAAUGGAAGCACCAGAAGGUUGUCCACCAGAAAUCUAUACCAUCAUGAAGCAGGCUUGGGAACUGGACCCAGAGCGGCGACCCACCUUCAGAUCGGUUUUAGGUCGACUGAACAACUUGCGCUCUGUGACAGUCUAGCCCUAGUCUUUCACAUGAGUCAUGCAUUGCUUCACAUCUGGCCUUAUUUCAUUCUCAUCUUUGUAUGGGAUAUCCUCUUGAUCAGUAUUUGUGUGGGGGAUUGGCCUUGUGUGAUACCAACCCAGCCUCUUCCUUGCCGGUCUGCCUUCACAGCUUUGGGAGCAAAUGAAGAGUCUAGUGUUGCAGUGUUUCCGGAGCUUGUGCUGCAAUACUUAUUCUGGUUGAUUUUGUUUUCGGCUGCAUCAAGAAGGAAAGAAAUUGUAGAUACCAUGUGUCAUAUCCUGAGACAUUAAGAUAAAAAAGCAUUUAUCACAAUGCUGCAAGUUAAUGACCAGUUCUCUCAAGAUUGGUAAAGGUGGGGGGUGGGGGCAGAAAAAUCAACCAGCACAAGUGAAUCAGCAUAUCAGCACAAAUGUUAGACUUUACAGAUUCUUUGACUGUGUCAGGUCGCUUUGUGGAUGCAUGCAAUUUUGAGCGGUGUAGUUUCAUUCCUUUGAAGUAUAUUUGUAACCAACUUUAAGCAAAUGAACACCAUAUCUCUCUAAUGUCAGCUGUAUAUAGACUUUAAAAACAAUACUAAACAAACACGUGUUAAAAAUUUGCAAAUGUGUUGGUUGUCCAGUAGUUAGUAUGGAGUAGACAUGAUGAGGUGAACUGUUUCAGUGUCAGAUCUGUCUUUUGUUGCUUGGAAUUUUGUGAAACUUUUUUUUUUUUUUAAAGAAAAGAAGAGAAGUAAAAUAUUGUUCCUAAUAUGCAAAAAAGAAUAUUUUA